GUAUGGUUGAAAUUAUCCAUUAUUGGUGGAAUGCUCUGUAUUUGGAGGUCGUUUUGUAAGAAGAGCCGUUGUUAAUAGAAAUUGUAUGAGGAAUAUUUAGGACAAUUUAUUGUUAAUGGAAACUUUGUGAGGAAAAUGUUGAAGAAUCCAUGACGAAUAAUGGCAGCAGAGACGAAUGGCGAAGGAUCGAUCUCACAAUCAUUGCCAGAUGAUGUGAUGGAGAUGAUUGUAGCCUUCCUUUCCAUCUCAGAUCUUCCCAGAGCGGCUCUCGUCUGCAAGCAAUGGCAUUCUUUCAUCGCAUCCAGUCCUAUUUGUAGAGAGCUUUCCCAUUCUCUUCACAAAUGCAAACCCUGGUUAUUUCUUGUGGGAGCCAAGAAAAGACGAUGUCUAGGGUUCGAUCCCGGAGCCCGCAGGUGGAUUCGUCUACCGCCGUUCAGCCUAAAUCCUGACGAACAAGAUGUAAUCAUUAUGGAAGGCGAUGGAUUUAUAUUUUCCAUUUCAGGCGACCGACUAAAAUUCAUGAACAGUUUCUUAAAUCCGCGGAAAUGGCGAGAGAGUGCUGCAGCUAUGCAGGUGUGGCGACAGAAUCCGCUUAUCUGUCACGAUCGAGGAAAAUUGAUUAUGAUUGGGGGAGUUCAUGAGUUCGAAGAAAAUCCGUUGAGCGUGGAAAUGCUUGACCUGAAAUCAGGGGAGUGGGAAAUGUGCGAUCCAUUGCCAGGGGAAUUCGGACAAAAAGCUUCGUCCACCUGGCUUUCUUCGGCCGUCUUUAGUGGCAAAAUUUAUGUAUUGGAAAAAUGGAAGGGAGAUUUCUGUUGUUAUGAGUUGCAGAGCAAGCGCUGGGGAAAGGUAAUGAGUGUGAGACCGUUGGCGUCGUCUUCUUCUUCUCAAUGUGUUAAAUAUUUCUGUUUAGCGUGCAGGAUUGGAUUGGUUUUAGCGGGUUUAAUUAGGGAAAAUGGAGAUCUGAGCUUCCGGAUGUAUAUUGUGGAGGAGAAUAAGAUGGAGUGUAAAGAGGGCACGGAAUUACGAAUGCCGGAUGAAAUGCUGAAAUUGAUUGCAGGCAGAGAAACGAGCGAGGAAGAGGAAGAGGAAGAGGAAUACUCAUCAUCAUCAUAUGCAGAGCACAUCGAAUGCAGGGGCGAGGGGGAUCUGGUUUAUGUAUUCAGCAAAUCGAGGUACGUGAACAAAAGGCGCGUUUGUUUAUUUGAUUUCAGCACAGGGGUUUGGGAGAUGUUGGCAGAUAAUGAUGGCGGUUUGUGCAUGGAUUGGCGAGAGGGGGUAUUAUUUGUGUGUUGUUCUGUUACGCUUGAGGAGACAUCGCCGGUUAUUUAAGAAGAGAGCCGCUAAACGAAACAAUUCUUUGGAGAUUUUUCCAUCUCUAAAGUUUGUGUGUUCUAGUUGGAUUUUUCUUUUCUUUUAUUUCCAAAUUAUAGAUGAAGUUUCAAAUUUCUGCCGAUUCUGUGUAAGACAUGAACGUCAACAAUCGUUCUGUAAAUUCCAAUAUAUAUAUGUUUGUACAAUUAAUACUGUAAUUGGGAAGAGGAUUCAAUAGUUUCUUUUAAUAUUUUAUGGUUUUAGAUA